GAUACGGGGAUGGGAGUGGCCAAACAAUCGGAUUGGAUAACAGGAUGUGACUUGAGCUGUUUUGGGGUGAGGCGGUGCGUUUCGAGGUGCACAACUUUCUGCGUGUUUUGCGCAGUUUCGCAGCCUUUUUUUUCUUUUUCCGCGCACCUCGGACAAACCGAAACGGCGGCUUUAAACACUCGGAGCUUUCCUCUCAGUGAAAGCGCACUGAUCUGAGGAAGUGCCCGAGCGGGCCGCUGCACGUUCAGCGUCUCGCGUGUGGGUUUACUUACGUUGCGUGCAGGAGAGGAGGAGGAGGUGGAGGGGGGGGGGGAAGUUGUGGACAUGUUUUCCUGGAAGUGCACGGUUUUGCGGAUACAGUGUGCAACAUUGUAACUACGGCGUUACUGAGCCUGCCCCGGGCCCUGGCCGGACUUUGGAGCGUAUUUCCGCGGGGCUGCUCGCUCGCCUGCUCGCCAUAUUGCGCGCUGUGAAACUCGAGGGAAAGUUGUCAAGAGUUAUGACAUUUGCUGCGCACGAUCCCUUCAUGGAGCUGCGCGCAGUUGAUCGAAACCAAAGUGACUCCGUGGAGUUGGACACGGGCGACUCUUUGCACCAUUGAUAAGGUGAUCACACGGUGUGUCUUGCACAUCUAAAGAGGAUGGACAGCGAGCCUCAGAUUUGAUUCUUGAAGGAGGACUGCGUGUUCUCCACCCUGUGCUUUCCUUUGGGAUUUAUAUUUCCUCCCAGAUACCUCUGUAUACACAGUUAAAGAAUUUCUUCACCACAAGCAGUGAAAGCGCACUACAGAGGCACCAACUUGCUUUUGCACGCUCACAGAUCGGGACUGAAAGCUCUAUUACUAUGAGUCUUCCUGCUCAAGUAAAUACUGACAAGAGUGGUAAGCACCGUGCUGCAGCCAUGAAAGAGGCUGUGCAGCACCCAGGGGAGGUUUAUUAUGGUAUGGGACCGCCAGCUUUAGAGUCAAGCCACAGUGACUCUGCCAGCAGCUCUGGUGUUUAUAAUCAAGAGAAAGGGCCCCAGAGUUUACCGCACUAUCAACAGGGUGCUCCAGUAAAAUGGAUGCACCAGGACUCCUUACAGGCCCCUGGCUGGUCCCAGGAAGUUCCUGUGUCGACCUGGGGGCAGAAUUUUGGCCCCUACAUGAGCGGAGUGACCGUCAGGAAUCAGAUGACGUUCCACAAGGGAGUCCACGAAGGUGUAGCUCUGCCGAUGGGAGGGGAAAAUCAGCUGUCUGGACCUGUGGAGGUUUAUAGAGAUGCCACCCAGGCUCCAGCUCAAGGCAGGGGGAUCGAGUGGGAACAGCAUGCUGCAGCGGCGGCGAUGCACCAGGCUCAGCUGCAAGCCUAUCAACACGGCCACAAAGGCGUGGAGCUCCAAGGCCAGUCACAUGUGCCACCUCAUGGUUUGCAGGGGUCCAUGCUGCAGCCCUUCCAGGCAACAUUCAGACCCAGCAAGCAACAGUUCUCAUCUGGCUAUUACUCGGUUUUUCCGGCAAACAAGGCAAUUCCGAACCUGCCCUACAGCGAGCAGCCUAAAACUCAGCAGCAGCUUCUACACCAGAUGCAGCAGCAGCAGCAGCAGCAACAACAACAACAGCAGCAGCAACAAAUUCAUCAUCACCAUCAUCACCAACAACAACAACAACAGCAGCAGCAGCAACAGCAGUUGCAUCAACAGCAUCAGAUUCAGCUGCAGCAGCAGCAGCAACAACAGCAACAUUUGCAGCAACAGCAGCACCAAAUCCAGCAGCAUCAAAUCCAACACCUGCAGCAACAAAUGCAGCAACAGUAUCAUCAGCAGCAGCUCCAGGAGAGACAGCAACAAAUCCAGCAAAUGCAACAACAGCAACAGCAGCAGCAACAACAGCAACAGUUACAGCAGCAAAAUGUGCCACAGCAAGACACGACACAGCCACUGGUGCAACCAAAACAGCAGCAGACCCAAAACUUCGUCGCUUAUCAGCCUGCUGAGCCGCCUCCAUCUGAAACCGGGUCCAAAGAAGAUGUUCAGUCGGCAGAGCCGCAGCAGGAAGCAGAGGCUCAAAGCUGUGACGCGUCAGCCGUUCCUGAUCAAUGCCCUGAAAAGGCCGGCACAAAUCCCACAGAGCCCGCAAACGCGGCUGCUCCUCGGCGCUCGCGUCGCCUUUCCAGGGAGGGGCAGUCGCCACUGGGUCCCCUUCCACAAACAUCUGGUCUCAAGCCAAAGAGCCUCCACCGCCCCAAAACGGAGUAGGGUGCGCAGGCUGCGAAAGCAGGGGAAAGCCAAGUGACAACAGGAGGGGUCAUCCGUAGGAGAAGGAGGGCAUCCAAGGAGAUCAACUUGGAAACCCUGGCACAGAAGGCGUCAGAGAUGGAGUCCCUGCCUGCAAAAAUUGUAAAGGAAGAAGGUGCUUCAAGCAGGCAAGCCACAAUGGUGCCCCUGGUCAUCCCAGUGUCUGUGCCAGUGCACAGAGGUCAAACAGAUCCUCAGGGUGGCUGGGCUCAGGGGCGGCCCGGUCAGGGCGAGCGGCCUGCUGCACCAUCCGAUCGCAAACCUUCUGUCAUUGUGGCUCGUCGGCGAUCGCUGAGAAGCACCAUGACUGAGAGUUUUGCUCAGGAUGAGGAAAGCGAUACAGGACUUGAUGAGGACGGAAAAGCUAAAUUGAAGCGCAGGCCUCGUCCCGAACCUCUCAUCAUCCCUCCUCCCAAACCAGCCACCUUCAUCGCACCAUCCGUCUACUCCAGCAUCACUUCCUUUCAGAGCAACCUCCGUUCUCCCGUGCGCCUGAUGGACAACCCUCUUACCCUUCCCCCAUACACGCCACCACCCAUCCUGUCUCCUGUGCGGGAGGGCUCCGGACUCUACUUCUCCACCUUCCUCACUAACAUAGCUGUAACCAACCAAAUCCUGCCGCCCCCGCCCACGCCCAAGUCUGCAGCUCGGAGCCUUCUGCGCUCCACGAGUUCAGACGUUACGCCGCCUCUCUUCACCUUGAACGCCGAGGCUACACCUGUGAGCCUCGAACCACGGAUCAACAUUGGGCAAAAGUACCAGGCAGAAAUUCCUGAUUUGCAAGAUGAAGCUUCUUCCCAGUCCGACCAGCACAAAGCGGACUUGGUUUGGGUUCCUGUUGAUGACGCCGCCUUCAAACAUGGUGACCAAGAGACCAUGGAGGAUUUGAUGAACAUGGCAUGUUCGAGUGUUUUGAGAGGAGGAGGAACCAAUCAGGAGCUGGCUUUGCACUGUUUUCAUGAAUGUGGAGGAGAUUUCCUUGAAACACUGGGACGUUUGAUGCAUCAGGAUCCAAUUUUCCCCAAAGGCCAUCAAUUGAUAGAUUAUCACUACUCAGGCUCUGACAGCUGGACAGCAGAGGAGAAGCGGUUUUUCAAUAAGGGGAUCUCUGCCUACAGGAAGGACUUCUUUCUGGUGCAGAAACUGGUGCGGACUAAGACCGUGGCUCAGUGUGUGGAGUUCUACUACACAUACAAGAAGCAGGUGAAGGUUGGUCGCAAUGGGAUUUUAAUGUUCGGCCCUCCUGAUUCACCUGUGGAAAAACACGCAGAGGCAGUCGUGGACGUCAAGAGUUCACAGCAGCCGAAGAUGAGUCAAGGUGAAGCGGAUGAGGAUGACAAGAAGAAUAUGUCUUUAGAGCAGAUCAAUGAGAGAAACCAGCAGGCGAGGGUCGCUCAGUCACUACAGGUUCAUGACUAUGCAGGAACAGUGCUGGUGCUCAAAGAGCCAGAUACUGUUCAUAAAGAGGCUCAUCAGUCUCCAGCACAUCCCAGAUCUCGGGCUGAGCCUGCUGCAAAGAAGCCCCGGGUGCCACCGAAGCCCUUGCAGGAACCUGACCAGAUUUUUCCGUGCAAGAAAUGCAACAGAGUGUUUUAUAAAGUGAAGAGUCGAAGCGCUCACAUGAAGAGUCACGCCGAGCAGGAGAAGAAGGCCGCAGCGCUGCGUCAGAAGGAGGAGGAGGAGCAGGCAGCAGCUCAAGCUCGAGCCAGGAAGGCGGCGGCUGCAGCAGCUGCAGCGGCGGCGGCGGCGGCAGCUGUGUCUACUGAAGAGACGCUGCGGGGAGGUAAUGGGAAUGGAGCGUCAGAGCAGGCUGAGGCCAGCAGCCAAGAGGACUCGUCAGAGAGGGAGGAUGACGACGAUGAAGACUGGCACUGAGACCGAUAUAAAGACGAACAUUAAUGGGAUGGAUUGACGUGUAAAUAGAGGGGAGAUGGUGAACAAAUCAGGGAGGGAGGUGUUUAAAAACACGUGCUCCCCCAUGAGGAGCAGAAUAAGCACAAGAGAAUGCUUUUAAAGUCUUCCUGUUGAUCUUUUCACUUGUUUCCUGACCUGAACUGUUUGUCUUUGACUGUCAUUCAGAUUCACACCGUCAGCGUGAAAGCCACACUCCACAUUUUCACAUUUGUACCUUUGAAAUAAUCAGUAUGUUUUUGUGUGUGUAAAAUGUCCGUGUGCUAUGCUUCUGCUUUUGCUAAUAGGGCCUUUUUAUAUCUUAUUUAACUGAACAUAAGUUCAAUUAAAUAAGAUAUAACAGAUAUAACAGAUCUUCUUCAAUCAUUGUUUGAUGAAUCAGGAUAUCUUUCUAGCAAUAAAAUGAGCUCAAGGCAAUCUUCACUUUAUAGUUGCUUCCCUUUAAAGACAGAAGCCAUUCUGUUUCAAAUACUUACAGAAAAAAAACAGCGCUGAAUUUAGCAGAUUUCUAUCAAAUUUUUAGGUGGGAUGUACACUUAUUUUUAAACUAAGGGACCUUUGAAAUGAAUAUGUACAAAAAAUAUAUAUAUGAGACUGUCAUAUAUUUAUGAUACUGCAUUUUUUUUCAGUGAUUUUUUUUUUUUGAUAAUAUAAGAAGUAAUCAUGUCGGCUGUAAUAUGACUGGUGAAUUGAGAAAUGUAUUAAAGAAAUAUAUUCUUC